AUGGGAACGGGUCUGAACGUGGCGUUUCAGAGACGUCGUCAGACACCCGGUCAAUCGGAUUCUGCAACUUCCUCGGAAUCAUGCCUUCUUCGACACCGGGCCCCGGUGGCUAAGAAAGCGACAGCUCGCCCUCCGAUCAAUCCAGCGACCUCUCUCAGUAGCCAGACUUCCAGCAACCUCACCGAAUCUGCCAUACGCGACGAAAAGGAUCCCAGUAUCAAGUACAGCGAAGAAGAUUCGCAGAAUAGCCUAUACAGCCAGGUGUGCGAAUGGCUUCAACAUGAGAAAUCCAAGCGCGGCUGUGAUUACUCACUAGGGUCCGGCGUUCCGGAUGAAGCAGCAAACGGGGGUCAGGUUGCAGGCAGCAAAAGCACCGGCAACUCAGUAGAGGAAGCGUCGUCUUUGGGCGCCCAAAUCCCAAUGGCUCUCGACAAGCUCGAAAAAAUCUUACUCCAGUACGCUGCUUCGCGACAGGAUAAUGGUGCCGUACGCCGGCUUCGACGCCAUCGAUCUAGAGGAUUACGGAGAGGCUCAGCUUCGGAGUCGGACUUUUCCGACCUGGAUGUCGCUGCUCCAAGUGUUGAUGUUGUGUUGGAUAACUCCAAGACUCUAGCCUACAGCGGCGGUGGUGCAGAGGACGACGAAAGCGAAGAUGGGACCAAUAGCCGCUAUGCCAAUGACAGAGAAGCUUGGACGACUUUCAAGACUGAGAUCCUCCGCCUUGCCCACACUUUGCAAUUCAAGGGGUGGCGAAAACUGCCUAUGGAUUCUGCUGUUGACAUUGAAGUUAUUCGACUGAGCGGUGCUUUGACGAAUGCGGUGUAUGUGGUGAACCCGCCGCAGAACAUUACAGUCCCGAAAGCCGAAGAUGGCUCCUACUCCUUGGUCCCUAGAAAGCCCCCUCCCAAGCUUCUGCUGCGCAUCUAUGGUCCACAGGUGGAUCACCUGAUUGACAGAGAAAAUGAGCUCCAGAUUCUGCGCCGCCUAGGCCGCAAGAACAUUGGUCCUAAAGUGCUCGGCACAUUUCAGAACGGUCGUUUCGAGGAAUAUUUCGAAGCGCGUCCUUUGACACCACAGGAGCUUCGGGAUCCUCUUACGAUGAAACAGAUCGCCAAGCGGAUGCGAGAACUUCAUGACGGGGUGGAAUUGUUAGCAGAAGAGCGUGAAGGGGGCCCAAUGGUUUUUAAGAACUGGGAUAAAUGGGUUGAUCGCUGUGAGCAGGUCACCAAUUGGUUGGACAAAGAAAUCCGCUCCGAGCAUAACGCCAGCAUAUCUGCUUCAGAACCAUGGCGUCGGCGUGGCUUCGUCUGCGGUGUUCCCUGGCCAGUUUUCAGAAAGGCGGUUGACAACUAUCGAAAGUGGCUAAUCUCCAGUUGCGGCGGAAUAAAAGCUGUCAAGCAGCAAUUGGUCUUUGCGCAUAACGAUACACAAUAUGGCAACUUGCUUCGAAUGGAACCAAGCCGAGAAUCGCCCCUGCUUCGUCCUGAAAACAAGCACAAGCAACUCGUGGUUAUUGAUUUCGAGUACGCUUCAGCGAAUACCCCAGGGUUCGAAUUUGCUAACCAUUUCUCCGAAUGGUGCUACAAUUAUCACGAUGCGGAAAGACCUUGGGCAUGCAACAAUAUGGAAUACCCAACCGUGGAACAGCAGCGUCAAUUCAUCAGUGCCUACCUUAGUCAUCGACCAGGUUUGCGUGAGCAGGCCUCUCCAUCAAUCACCCCUUUGAUGCGGGCAGGUACUUCUAACACAACCACCCUCGCGCCGUUGAGUCUCGAUGCCGGUCCAGAUAUGGACAUGGUUGCCCGCGUUGAUAUUGAAAAAGCGCAUGCGGACGGUGUAGAGGCAAAGAUCCAAGGCCUCAUGACGCAGACGAAGCUCUGGCGUGUCAUCACGUCCGCCCAAUGGGUGGCAUGGGGAAUUGUACAAGCCAAGGUCCCUGGCAUGGAGGAAGGUAUCAAGACAGAUGUCGCGGCGUCUAACGGUCAAAGUCAUUCCGUUGAUAGCAACGGCGCACACGCCCAGACAACGACUGAUGCAGCCGUCCCGACUCCUCCUGUGGACGCGGAUGUCGAUGAGGCGGACGAAUUUGAUUAUCUCGCGUAUGCCCAAGACCGCGCCAUGUUCUUCUGGUCCGACCUCUUAUCAAUGGGAUUUGUACAGGAGGAUGAACUACCGAUGCCUAUGGUUGAGAAAAUCAAAGCACGGAUCAUAAAGUACUAG